AGUGCAGCCUACUUUACAGUACUAGGAGUAGUUCCUGUCGUUUGCUUCAGAUCGCGGCAGCUGUUGGUGGUAUAAAGCGGUUGCUAUGCGCUGCGGAGCGGGAUACUUGAAAUUAUGGACCCCGUCACCACAGAGUCUUGAAACUGAGCUCUUGGAUGCUUGCUAAAAUUUUUUGAAAGUCUCAAAUUUAGCUUGAGGAAGUUUAAAUAUACCAACGUCAGACCUAAUGUGACAAUUGCCUUGCAUUUUAGCUUGCUAGCUAGCACCGAUUCUGUAGAUUGCUGUCUUAUGCCCUUGAACUCGAACACUUUAGCUCGAGUUAGCCGUUGGCUAAUCCCUAAUCUCUGCUAAUAUUCAGGCUAGACUAGACAGUUAACUAGCGAAAUCUAAGGACUCAUCCUCUCUAAUGAGAAAGACAGAAUGCCUCCCAAAAAGCAGAAGAAGCCAACAAUUAACAUCUCCAGUUCCUUGGAUCUGGAGUCUGAGGAUCUCAGUCUCGAGACCACUGUUCCAACCGAGGACAUCUCUUCAUCUGACGAACGGGACGGCACGCAGAAAGUCACCCGUCAACUGAUCGAGAGAAAGGAGCUCCUACACAAUCUUCAGUUGUGUAAGAUAGAGUUGUCCCAGAAAACCCUCAUCAUCGACAAUCUGAAAGUGGACCACUUGACAAAAAUCGAGGAGCUGGAGGAGAGGCUGAAUGACGCUCUGCAUCAGAAGCAGGUACUGGCCCUGCGCCUGGACAGCCAGUUGAAGCUGACCCAGGAUGACGGCAGGAAGCAGGCAGCCCUGCGCAAGCAGGAGAUGGAAGGGAUCCUGUUUCGUCAGAAGCAGCUGGAGGAGACGAACCGGCAGCUGUGUGAGAAGGCAGGGGACCUGAGGCGGAGCCUGAGAGACCUGGAGCUCAGCCAGGAGAGGUACCUGGAUCUCCGAGACGUCCCCGAGGACAAGCUCUCCAUCCCAGAAUAUGUCGCGGUGCGUUUCCACGAGGUGGUGACCCCUCUCCGAGCCCAACUGACUGAGCUCCACAUGAAGAGGAACAGUCUGACUGAUGACCUGGACACACACAGGACACAGAUGAAGGCUCUGAUGGAGAGCUACGAGGAGGAGCGCAGGAUGCGCUCGGAGCUUGAGAUCCGUAGUCAGAGGCUGACCCUGGAGCUGGCUGACACCAAACAGCUGAUCCAAGAUGGAGACUACCGUCGAGAUAACUACAGCACUGUCAAACGAGAGAGGGAUGCAUUUGAGGCGGAGGUGAAGGAGCUGAGGAAGAGGCUGGAGACCCUGGAGCUGACCCACGCAGCCCAGACCAGGGAGAGGAACGAGCUCAGCAAGGAGGUGGCGACAUUGCAACAGUCUGUGACGUUGCUCCAGAAGGACAAGGACUACCUGCACAGGCAGAACAUGGAGCUGAACGUGCGCUGCGCCCACGAAGAAGACCGCCUGGAGCGGCUGCAGGUCCAGCUGGAGGACACCAAGAAGGCCCGGGAGGAGGCCUACGAGAGGUACCUGACCUCCAGAGACCACUACAAGACGGAGUACGAGGACAGACUGAGGGACGAGCUGGAGAACAUCCGCAUGAAGACCGGCCAGGAGAUAGACAACCUGCAGAGGACCUCCAAGGAGAUGUACGAGAGAGAAAACAGGAACCUGCGAGAGACGCGGGACAACGCCGUGAUGGAGAAGGACCGGGCGGUGAGCGCCGAGAGAGACGCCCAGGCCAGAUAUGACCAGCUGCUGGAACAGUUCCGCCAGGUGCAGUUGGGAGUGGACAGCCGAGUGGCCGAACUUCUCAACCAGGUCAAACUGAAGUCCUUCGAGUCGGAGCGCGCUCACAUGGUGCAGGAGGAGACAGGCCGGUCCCUGGGCCAGUGCCAGAUGGAGUGUGAGAAACACCAGAAGAAGCUGGAGGUUCUGACCAAGGAGUUCUACGGGCUGCAGACUUCCUCAGAGAAGAGGAUCACGGAACUCCAGGCCCAGAACUCUGAAUACCAGGCACGCCUGGAGACCUACGAGAAGCUGGAAAAGGAGUUGGACGACGUCACCAUGCAGGCUGCUGAAAUUGAGAACGAAGACGAGGCCGAGAGGGUUCUGUUUUCCUACGGUUACGGGGCGAAUGUGCCCACGACUGCUAAAAGACGACUGAGGCAGAGCGUUCACCUGGCUCGUCGUGUGCUCCAGCUGGAGAAGCAGAACACCCUGCUGAGAAGAGACCUGGACAGACGCAGUACCCAGACAGGAGAGAUCUCUGACCAGUUGGAAGCGGCUAACCAGCUCCUGCAGCAGACCCAGCAGCCGUACAGCUACCUGAUAGAAACCGUCCGUCAGAGAGACACCCACAUCCUGACGCUGAAGGAACGCAUCACUCAGCUGGAGGAGGAUGUCAGGUCACUGAAGAAGGAGAGGACCACCCUGCAGCAGGUGAAAAACAACAUGGCCGCUGACCUGGAGAAACUGCUCAACCACAGAGAGGAGCUCUCAGCGAUGAAGCAGGUUCUGAUCAGCAUGCAGUCCCACACCGUGGGUACCGGGGACGGGCCGGCGAAAGGGCCGGGCGGAGCCGCGCACCGAAACAAACGCCUCGGCCGAACGCCGGAGGAGGAGGCCCCGACAGGCCUCAGAACCAAACCCUCCACGUCCACAAGUAAGGAGCGCCCUGAGUGGUCCAGAAAAGUGAAACUUGUGCCCAGAUAGGGCUCUCUUCCAUCCAAUUGGAGCACCUAGCUGUGCUCUAAUGACCAAUCAACUGUUUUGUUACCGCAAAUGAUGAUUUUCUAUAGACUAUAAAAGGCACUAUUACCAAAUGUUUGUGAGGAACAUUUGUAUUAUGGGUGUACAAAGUUGUGACAUUUGUUUACAUAUGUCAGAAAGUGGAUUCGAACUCAACUUGUUCACCGUCAUUCUUCAUGUUCUAUGUAAGAAUGUGUGGUUGUGAAAGCGUGUUUGUGGAGAUUGGGAAAAAUGUGUAAAUGCAUAUACUUAUUAACAUUUAAUCAACACCGUCUUCCAAAGUUAAACGGGCAGCUGAUGGAUGUUCCAACAACCACGUAGACCUCCAACGCAUUUUGAUUUGUUAGGCGCAAGAAGUCUUUAAAAAUAGAAAUGGUUGGCAUACCUCGAUG